AUGCUUACCACUGAACGUCUGAUUCUCCGCUCUUAUGUCGAGAGUGACCUCGACGACAUUCUUCGCCUCUGGAAUGAUCCACUCGUUCAACCCCUUAUUUCCAAUGAUAAUGUCACUCUUCUUGGUCCAAAGUUUAAGGAAACACUAAGAGCUCAGAUGGAGCGGGCGACCUUUGGUGCCGUAAUCUCGCUUAAGGAAACCGAGGAAUUCAUGGGUCAGGGAUUGGUCACUGUCCUCGAACCAAAGAAUCGCGAUGGCACAUUUGGGAUCUGUUUACUUCCAAAAUUUUGGAAUAACGGAUAUGGGACCGAGGCGACAAAGUUCAUAAUCGAUUAUUCGUUCAAGUGGUUUGGUUUGAACAGAAUAUCCCUCGGGAAACUUGGGUUCGUCAUGGAGGGCAGGAAGCGCCAGGCAGUGUGGAUGGAUAAUCAGUGGGAAGAUAUUUUGACAAUGGGCAUCUUGCGAGACGAAUGGGACAGGCAACACUGA